UCCUGUAUGCCUACCAUAUAACUCGGAAGUGGUGCAACUAUAAAGCUAGUAUAACCUCAAAUAUAACUUUUAUCUACCGAUGUACCAGUCAUAUUUUGGCAUGAAGAUUAUCAUGAUGGAGCCUACACCAUCUGGUCGAGAGCUACUACAGUGAACGAUUGGCUGCAGGCCUAACUGCUAGAAGAAGACUUUGACCAACGAACGUAGAGGGGGCGUAUAGGACGUCAACAGACAUUCGACUCGCAGUAAAGGAACCCUGAUCAUCUGUAGUGUUGCCGAUGUUUGGAAACAGAUCUGUGGCUUAUCUAGGAAACCGAUAGUAAUUCGUUCAUUGGUAUCAGGAGUAUGUCUCGCAUAGAUCACCGUGUUUUCAUUUUGAUAUGCCUAGUCGUUUGGAUCAUCGGUACCAGUAAUGGUGCCCGUAUUCUCCUCAGCUCUGAGGAAGGAUCUGGUAGUCACUUCUCAGUUUUGUCUACCAUCGGUCACGCUCUAUCUGACAAGGGACAUCAUGUCACAGCCCUCAUCAGCGAAGCCAACAAGGAUAUGGCUACGGAUGAUAAAUUUCGUCAUCUAAAAUUCGAUAUUUUUCCCGACUCCACGAUGGCCUAUACGAAAGAUUGGUUUGCAUUUGUAGUAAGUAAUGAAAUGAAAAAUAAAAGAUCUCUCUUUGGAAACAUCCCUUUGCCAUCACCCCGAGCCAUUUAUGGUAUCUUCAAACGUUGUCAAGAGCAGGUUGACCACGCAAUCGAGAACAAACGAAAAGGAAUUAAAUACGACUUGCUCAUCCUCGAUUUUCACAAAUCAUGUUCUGUAGUUCUUGCAGGAGCCUUGGACACACCCUAUGUCUUCGUGGUCCCAAGUGGGAUCAAGCCAUCACAAGCCCGUCGGUAUGGUUCGUCAAGUACAACCGCCUAUUAUCCGGAAAUGUCUUCAGGAUUGCAAUCUGAGAUGGGGUUCUUUAACCGUUUCUCAAAUACGUUAACAAGUAUCCAAGAAGACCUGAGUAUCUUCUUUCUGUACGAUGUCUACUACUUCUUGCUCUCUUUCCAUUUCUGGCUCUCACCUCGUGUAUCGCACAUCAUGUCUGGUUCAGAGUUGAUCUUAGUCAAUUCCGACUUUGCAGUGGAUUUCCCAUUCCCUCUCCAUCCCAAUGUCAUUACUAUUGGAGGAUUAUCAGCCAGAACUCCAAACGCCCUUAACGAGGAUUGGAUGAAGUUGAUGUCUGCAUCUCAAGAGCACGGGGUGGUCAUCUUCUCCUUGGGCACCUACGCUGAUGGUACCUUGAGGAUGGAUGAUAUCAGGACGAUUGCUCGUGUCUUUUCUUUACUCAAACAGACGGUCAUUUGGCAAUCCAAACAAGACCUACAUUCAGAUGUUUCGCUUAGUCCUAAUAUAAGGGUCUUCCCGUGGAUUCCGCAAAAUGACUUACUUGGUCAUCCGUCCGUUCGUCUUCUUAUCUUCCAUGGAGGUAACAAUGGAAUGCAUGAAGCUGUCUAUCACGGUACACCUAUGGUUGUCAUCCCAUUAGGUUUAGAUCAUUUUGAUGUUGCUGCUAGAGUAGUUCAACGUGGUAUCGGGUUGUAUCUUGACUUCUCAAGACUGACGCAGGAACACAUGCUCAAAGCCAUCAACACCGUUUUACAUGACUCGAGUUUUAAAGCCAGUGCCGAGAGGGCUUCAGAAAUUAUGAGGGGUAGACUGGACCACCCGCUUAAUCGCUCUGUUCACUGGAUCGAACACGUCCUAAAACACAAAGGAAGCUACUUACGACCUUCUAGCUCGAAACUGUACUUCUGGCAAUUAUACCUUCUUGACAUCUACAUCGCGCUGGCAAUUAUGUCCUUUAUUGCUUAUAAGUUACUUAAGUUAGUUUUAAGGUUAUCCAUACGACUUUGGAAUGAUGCUUAUAUGCGAGACCGUAUGAGGCGCUGUAAACUUAUCAGCAUCAAACACGUGAUGUUGAUCUGUGUUUUUUUCGUAAUCUUUUAUAUUUUUUUAGUACGUGUAUAACUGAUGUAUUAGAUGAUUAAAAAAAGGAAAUUGGAUUUGUCAAAAGUACAUAUUCAUGCUCUGUCUUUCCAAACACCAAGGAAAUGGUCCAUCAUAUUCUGACCUAUUAUCUCACUCUGUUAUAGACAUGGCGUCGAAAUGGAAUCCUUAACUCAAUAUACAGUGAAUCGUCCAAACCGUGAAGAAAGGGUCAGGGGUAUUAGCAGUAUGUAGAGGGCCAGUUGAUAGCAAGAGGUCGAGGAGGAACACCCCCCCUCCUGCCGAAUAUCCUGGUUACAAACCAACAUCCAGAUCUCGCUAUAGUUUGGGAACAUACAAAGUAAAUCAUGCUAAUUGAGCUUAUCGUACCUUUUCAAAGGAAUAUUGACGCCGCGCAAAGACAUAUAGGAAACACUCAUUGCAUGCCUAAAUCAUGAAUAAUCUAUCCCAAAAAUAUUUAAGAAACGGAUUCGAGUUAGUAUUACAUACGAAUCAGUCCC